GCCAGCCGCGGCAGCCCUGGCCGUCGAGACUCCAGGCGCUCCAGCCGCUCCAGCCGCCCAUGCCAUGCCGCCAGGUGGGGAAGGGGAGCCGGGGGAGACGGACUUGGACUACGAGCCAGUUGGCCGCGGUGCGCCGCACCAUGAGGUCAGUGGCGAGGUCGGCCUCGCCCUCGCGCUCUCGCUCGCGCCCAACCCCAACAAGUACACCAGCCUCGUGAUGAUCACGCCGCCAGAGUCACCAGUGAGUGUGAGUGUAGGCCCUGCGCGCGCCGCAGCCGUCACGCUGCUGCACACCAACCUGGAGGAGGAGGCCGCGGACACGACAGCCCGCGAGGACGCCGCCGUGGUGGACGAGGAUGACGACGAGGAUGACGAGGAGCCCGGCGACACCGAAGGCCCGCCCAUGCCGCCGCCGAGGAGGGCGCGCGGUGAGGACGACGUGCAGGUGGUGACGGGCGGGGACACGCUGUCCGCCGUCAUCUGCCUGGAGGAAGGGCUGGCCGACGACGACUCGUGGGUGGAGGAGAUGGAGCCCGACCGCGAGGCCGACAUGGAUGAGGUCGACAUGGACGACGCCGACCUGGACGACGCCGAGGUGACGGCCACGGACACGAGCUCCGGGGACGAGGCCUUGGAGAGCCACACUGCGGACCGCGAGGAGGAGCUUCGCGGCUACCACCGCGCCGCCAUCGACUUCACGCUGCACACCAUCCUGGAGGAGUCGUGCGAGGAGAGCGAGACGGAGCAACGGCCCGUUCCGCGCGCGCGCGCACCCUCCGCGUCCGAGCUGGAGAAGUACUUCUUCUUCGAGCUCGGCGGGGCAGGCGCUGCUCAGCAGCAAGACGCCAUGUCCGAGACCAACAGCUCCAUCUACAGCGAGGGGCUCGAGUCGCUGGGCACGGAGGACGGCUACGGCGACGAGGUGACCCCCGAGGAACAGACGGACCCCGCCGAGCUGGCGUCCUCGCGCCUCGAGAAGUACUUCCUGUCCGGGUUCAUGGGCUUCCCCGGCAGCAGCCGCAGGGACUCCGAUGGCAGCGUGGGCAGUGACAGCGAGGGCCGGCCCAGCCCGGAGCAGCGCAGGAAGAGGCUGGUGAGGGCGCGGGGCACCGGCCGGGCGGCAUACAGCUCGCAGGACAACCUCAACGCCACGUCGCCGUCGGUGCCGCCCGCCGAGGCCGAGGUGGAGCCUGAGGAGGGCGAGGAGGGCGAGGCGUCCAGCACGGAGGAGGAGGGCGCGCCCGAGGAGCCCGCCCUGGCCGUGGACGGCCAGUUCGACACGGUCAAGAGGAAGAAGAGGAAGCGGUCGGUGGGCAGCGGGCCCGUCGUGCCGUCCGCCCCCGCGGCCGCAGCCGCCCCCGGCUCCGGCGCCGCGUCCUCGGACGAGCGGGAAGCCUGCGUGUCACCGCCGCCCGGGCCGGGCCAGGACCUGGCCGCGUCCAGGAACAAACAGCACAGCCGGGACAGCGGUUUCGUCGGAAGCUGCGAUGACUUGCUCAACAAGUCCGCCAGCGACUCGAGCAGCAGCGGUGCCGCCACGCCGGCAGACCCCUGCCCCGCCCCCGAGCCCGAUGUCCCCGCCCCCGUGCUGGCCGCCCCCGUGGUGGCCGCCCCCGCGGCCGCGCCGCCCCAGCCCUCCCUGCGCACCACCACCCCGCCAACCACGUCGCUGACGAGGCGUGACAGCUUCAACAACUGGAGUUCGGACGAGGAGACGAACCUCAUGAUGUCCAAGAUGAGGGCCUUCUUCAAGAACAUGACGGGCCCGCAGCAGCCGGCCGCGCAGGACGCGUCCGCGGCGCCGGCCCGCCGCAAGCCGCCGCAGCUCGUCUACUUCGAGUCGGAGCUGACGAGGCUCAUGAAGACCGUGCCGGGCAUCCGCGACGAGCAGGUGCGCGAGCUGGUCGAGUACCUGAGCUCGGAGGACACGUGGAGCGACUCGUACGACUCGUCGGACUACACGAGCUCGGACCUGGAGAGCGCCGCGGGCAAGCGGGCCUCCAACAAGCGUGCGCUGCAGGAGCAGAUCUCGGCCAGCUGCCAGCAGAUCAUCAGCAACUUCGACACGGCCUCGGCCGCCGCCGCGGCGCCCCCCGCCGACGAGACGUCGCUGGUGUACCAGCGGCUGGUGGCGUCGCUGUCCAGGAUGGGCGUCGACGCCCAGGACGCCCAGGGGAAGGCCAGGGCCGCGCCCUGCGCGCCGCACUCGUCGCCGCCCAUCUUCGCCAACAAAGUGAUGCAGCACAUCGGGGGCAGGCUGGUCGCCCUCAUGCACGAGGUGUCCGGGGGCCACGGCCAGCCCCACGGCCAGCACGGCCAGCACGGCCCCACGCCGCGCGAGCGAUACGUCCACAGGCGGCUGCACCAGAAGGUGUCCAUCACGUCGACGACCACCGAGGAGGACGAGGACUCCGUCACCGACACCGAGCCGGACCGCGGCGGACGGGCGGCCGCGGCCCCGGCCUGCGACGCCGUCGGCGCGGCCAGCGGCGUGCUCGCGCGCUCCCGCUCCCACGACCUGCUGGGCGGCGGCCCCGGCGAGCCCGGCCCGGACAACGCCGACGACCGGGAGGCCUCGGACUACGAGAGGUUCUCGUGGAGGGGCAGCUUCGAGUCGGCGCUGGCGGCGGACUCCAGAUCCCGCCUGGGUCCCGGCGAGGCGGCCUCCAUGGCGUCGAUGGCCUCCAUGGCGUCCAUGACGUCGGGGUCCUCGGUGCUGAACGCGGCGGCCAAGCGGCGCUCCGCCGGCGACCUGUUGUACUCGCACCGCAGCCGCGAGCACCUGGACCGCGUCCGCUCCUGCGGCUCCAUCGGCGGCAUCGGCGUGGCCGUGGGCUCCGGCAACGUGGGCCCCGGCGGCGACCUGCACUGGAAGGCUCGCCGCGCCUCCGUGCCCGACGCCAACAUCUCGGGCGGCUCGGCGGACGGCGAUGACGACGACGACGGCGAGGACGACCUGGACGACGAGGAGGGCCUGGGCGACGUCCAGGCCAGGUCGACGACGCUGCCGCGAAGCCUGCAGGCCACGCGCGGCGCGGGCACCAACAGCCUUCCCCGGCUGCCCACCUCAGGCUCCGGGUCCACCUCGGGCGCCGCCCUGCUCAAGAUGAACGCCCUCGGGCAGGUGCAGAGCGCGCGCUACCGGCCGCCCGGCUACUCGCGGGCCGCGGCCGCGUCCGGCGCGGCGGCCUCCACCGCCACCCUGGGCAACCCGCCCAAGAGGGCCAUGUCGGCGCCGGGGCUGGGCCCGCACCAGCCGGCACCGCACCCUCGCCGCGACCGGAGGAAGCACCUGCAGCAGAGCUCGCAAGGCGAGUUCUCCGUGGCGGCCAUCCGCGGCGCCGAGCUCAAGCUGAAGGGCGACGACUCGUGCUCCGACGCGUCGGCCUCCCCCGUGCCCUUGAUCACCUCCUACAGCGCGUCGCCGUCGCCCGUGUCGGCGCGCGCGCAGCGGCCCGGGCGCGGCUGCCUGUCGUCGUCGUCCAACACGCUGCCGCAGCUGCUGGGCGCGCGGGGCUCGACGGCGUCCUCCACCUGGCUGGGCGACGAGGACGUGCUCAACGCGCGCCUGCCGCCCAUCACCCAGGUCACCAACCUCGGGCGGAGCGACUCCAUGGCCAGCGUGUACUCCGGCGCCGGGGAAGGUCGCUACGGCACGGUGGCCGUCAGGGGCGAGGUGGAGUUCGGCCUGCAGUACAACUACAAGGAGAAGGUCCUCGAGAUCCACGUCGUCCAGUGUCGCGACCUGGCGCCCGUCGACGCCAAGAGAAACCGCUCUGAUCCGUAUGUCAAAGUCUACUUGUUGCCGGACAAGUCGAAAGGGGGCAAGCGGAAAACAAAAGUGAAAAAGCACACAUUGAACCCAUACUUUGAUGAAACACUGAAGUUCCACAUCAAUUUGAAAGGGCUUGAGAGUCGUACCUUGUGGCUCACAGUUUGGCAUUCAGAUAUGUUUGGCCGCAAUGACUUCUUGGGAGAAGUUAUGAUGGGUUUGGAAAACAAAAUAUUUGAUGACCCAUCACCCCGUUUUUAUCCACUACAAGAAAGGACUGAACCGUUUGACGAUGCCCAAAGUUAUCGCGGAGAUAUGAUAGUAGCCCUAAAAUUCAUACCUCCAGAUGUGUCUGGCAGCACACUGGGGAAGAAAGGAAAGCGCUCUUCCAAGGGAGAGCUUCAUGUUCUCGUCAAAGAAGCCAAGAACCUUACAGCAUCCAAAGCAAACGGUUCUAUGGACCCUUUCUGCAAGAGUUAUCUUUUACCUGACAAGGGGCGAAGUUCCAAGCAAAAAACAGCCGUCAUUCGAAGAUCUUGCAACCCUGCUUGGAAUCAUCCAUUUGUAUACAGUGAUGUAAGCCUUCAAGAGCUGUCAGAAAGGGCACUGGAACUGACGGUGUGGGACCACGAUCGAAUCGCCAGCAAUGAAUUCCUUGGAGGCAUGCGGUUCAGCUUAGGCACAGGAAAGCACUAUGCUAAACCGGUUGACUGGAUGGACUCUACUGGAAAGGAAGUCACCCUGUGGCAGCAGAUGCUGGAGAGGCCUAACUUGUGGGUCGAAAGCUCAAUAACACUGAGAUCAUCCCUGGAGCGCUCGGCUGUUCCAAGCAAUUCUAUGACUUGAAGCAGCGGAGCGAAUAUGAGCUAAUUUAUAUUAUGUUGUGCUUUCUAGUCUCCCUUGCCAGUGCUCAUUGCUCACCAAUUGUUUUGACUUAAAUUCUUUGAAAUGGAUUUCCAGAUAUUUGUAUUAUCCAAAAUUGACUCUGUUUUGUUUUAUUUUUUGUUUGAAUCGAGAAAUCCUAUGACCAUUGCUCUGCAGGGAGAUAGUUGUUCUAAUCGAAUGUAUCAGAAAUUUUUAUACUUUUCCUGUCAUGGAAUGAGAAGUGCGUGUUGGCACCUUUUUCACUGCCAUAGAUUUAGUGGACUGUUCGAGAGUGCCUUAUAGUGAACAAUAUUGAUAGACUAGAUUAAAUCCAAAAGUAAAGAAAACACUUCUCGAGCAAUGUAUACUUCAACACAAUUGUUAUCUUAUGUGCCUUUAUUAAUUUACUAAUAAUUUUAUUGCAUUCAAAAGUGUUUGCUGUCAGCAGUGAAGACUGGUACUAAGACUGAUGUGGAUUCCAGUAGAGUAAUGUCAUUUAAAUUAUGUAGUUGUGAUUAUAAUUCAACACAAAAAGUAUUGAUUUUUUAUAUGUUUUAAUUCAACUUACUUUUGAAACAAGGGAUGUUGGAUGAAAUUAAUAUGAAGACAAAUUUUGAUGGACAAUGUUCAUGAGGGUCAUCUGUCCAAGUAUAUUUUGGAGUAUUUCUUAAGAUUAUACAAUAACUCCUACCAAUGCUGUGAUACUGAUUUCUAGCUUCUAGCUGGCUACCGUUUUGUAUUUAAUUGUUAAAUGUUUGUAAGAAUUCAACUACCAUUGCUGCAUAUUGACCAAAUGUCAGUAGUGGCUCUUGGCGAGGAUUUUGCUUCCUGCCAUCUUCCAAUUGAAGGUUUUAGUCACGUGUCUGUACAUUAUUUGAAAGUAAUUUGUAAUACUUCCAUGCCCAAGAGACAAUGUAGCUUACUGACUCCCAUUAUACUUUGUCUCACUGUGUUUCUAUUUUCUCAUGAGUCUUCAAAGUUCAACAAACAUUUAUCUAUUUAUUAAGGUGUUUACUUGUGGACUAAUAUAUUUUUGUUUAUUUAAAACCGUUUUUUUUUCUUUGAGAGGUUGUCUAAUAAGUGUUGUACAUGGAGACAAUUUUGUAUCUACUGUGAAAUAAAUAAUCUAAGUCCAGCAUU